AUGCUCCUCCCCAGGAUCAGCAUGGGCUCACAUGCUCUGCCCCAUGGUCCCAUGCAGACCCUCAUCUUCUUGGACCUAGAAGCCACUGGCCUGCCUUUCUCUCAGCCCAAGGUCACAGAGCUGUGCCUGCUGGCUGUCCACAGAUAUGCCCUGGAAAACACCUCCAUCUCUGGGGGGCAGCCACCUCCAGUGCCCAAACCACCCCGUGUGGUGGACAAGCUCUCUCUAUGCAUUGCUCCAGGGAAAGCCUGUAGCCCUGCAGCCAGUGAGAUUACAGGUCUGAACACAGCUGAGCUGGAAGUCAAUGGGCGUCAAUGCUUCGACGACAACUUGGCCAACCUGAUCCACGCCUUCCUGCAGCGCCAGCCACAGCCCUGCUGCCUUGUGGCACACAAUGGUGACCGCUAUGACUUUCCCCUGCUCCAGGCGGAGCUUGCUAUGCUGAGCAUUGGCAGUCCUCUAGAUGGUACCUUCUGUGUGGAUAGCAUUGCUGCCCUAAAGGCCUUGGAACGAUCUAGCAGCCCCUCCGAGCAUGGUCCAAGGAAAAGCUACAGCCUGGGAAGCAUCUACACCCGCCUGUAUGGGCAAGCACCGACAGACUCACACACUGCUGAAGGUGACGUUCUAGCCUUGCUCAGCAUCUGUCAGUGGAAGCCACGGGCCCUGUUGCAGUGGGUGGAUAAACAUGCCCGGCCCUUUAGCACCAUCAAGCCCAUGUAUGAUACUGCAACCACUGCUGGAACAACCAACCCAAGACCAUAUGCUGCCAUGGCCCCUACAUCCCUGGCCACAACCAACACAAGUCCCAGCCAUGGCAGGAGCAGGCAACGCAAGAGUCUUCCUCCAGCAAAGGUCCCAGAAGCCCCAUCACAGGAGCUUCUGGCCCCACUGGGCCUGUUGGCCUGUCUGACCUUGGCAGUAGCCAUACUGUAUGGACUCUUCUUGGCCUCCCCCGGGCAGUAAGUCAAGAAGGAAAAUCUGAUUAAUAAA